AUGGAUGUCGUGGAACAGUCCAGCACAUUCGGCGAUAAUGCCCUCCCAUCACCAAUCCUUAUGGCAACUACACUGUGGUGGUACGGUGCCAGAAUUUAUGUAUCUCCACAUGGUGGACUCUCACUGGUACCAAUUCCCUCCCAUGAACCCUCUCUGUAUGGCCUUCUCGGCUUCUGGAUGGACCAUCAUGGAACGCUGGCUGUUGCUGGUAAACUUUUUGUCAUCUGGGUAUUCAUGAAUACAAAUUCCCUAAAUUCACCAGCCAAUCUUUUGGUCGUCAACCUGGCCAUCUCCGACUUCUUCUUGAUGCUUACCAUGACUCCUCCUCUCCUGGUCAACGCUUACUGGGGCACAUGGGGCGUUUCGGUGCCUUCUUCUGUGAGAUCUUACGCUUUCCUGGGUUCACCUUUUCGGCUGCGUGUCCCAUCUGUUCCAUGGUCUUCAUCACUGGCUGAUCGAUACAACGUCAUUGUCAAGGAGGUAUCUGCUUGA